AUGUUUCCGGCCGAUAACAUAAUCUCCGUAGAAAGUGUUCAUUUGUCCGAAGACGAGAAGAAGGAUCUCAAACGCUUGGGACUCACAAUGAAGACUCCAGUGAAGGUCAAGUCUACGGAAAAAGGUGAACAGAUUAUCCAUGGCAGAUUUUUGCACAUCACAGAUAUCCAUCCAGAUCCGUACUACAAGACCGGCUCGAAACAAGACGGGUUCUGUCAUUCUGGAAAGGGUAAUGCCGGUAAAUACGGAGAUGCCAUAUUGGGAUGCGACAGUCCCAUGGUGCUUAUGGAAGACACAAUUAAGUGGAUCGAAGAUAACUUGAAGGACAAGAUAGACUUCAUAGUGUGGACAGGAGAUAAUAUCAGACACGACAACGAUCGAAGAUACCCCAGAACGGAGUUGAACAUCUUUGAGAUGAACCAACAGGUCAGUGACUUGAUGUAUGAUACGUUCAAGAACAAAAAAGACCCCAACUUGAAAGUAGAUUUGAUUCCCUCAUUAGGUAACAAUGACGUAUACCCCCAUAAUUUGUUCAGCCCUGGCCCUACUUUACAGACGAGAGAGUUGUUCAAGAUCUGGAGAAACUUCAUUCCCGCUUCUCAAUUGCACGUUUUCAACAGAGGUGCUUAUUUCUUUCAGGAAGUAAUUCCCAACCAGUUGGCUAUCUUGUCUAUUAACACUCUCUACUUGUUCCAGUCAAAUCCAUUGGUGGACAACUGUGACAAAAAGAAGGAGCCUGGCUACAAGUUGUUUGAAUGGUUGGGCUAUGUGUUGAAGGAAAUGAGAAGUAGAAACAUGAAAGUAUGGUUAACUGGUCAUGUUCCUCCCAACGAAAAGAACUAUGAUAUCUCGUGUUUGCGUAAAUAUAUCGUGUGGUCGUAUGAGUAUCGUGACGUCAUCAUUGGAGGCUUGUAUGGCCACAUGAACAUGGACCACUUCAUUCCCUUGGAUUCUGUGGCUGCCUACAAGUCGAUUAGAAAGUCGCUUAAAGGAAAAGCCAGUUCCAAAGACGUAGAAGACGAGCUUGUUCAGAAAUUCUUGGUAGAUAAUUUGGAUUCCGAUUCCGAUUCUGACUCAGACGAUGAAGAUGACAUCACCGAACCACUUGAAGACUCUAACAUGUAUCGUGUGUUUGACGAGAACCACGACGAAGACUUCGUGAGAGUCCAAGGUGGUAUUCCAAGUGGGAAAGUCAAGUAUAUGGAGACGUUACGUGAGUCUCUCUAUGCAACUAUCAAGGGCAAGAGAAAGAGUGGUACUUCUAGUGAACGUUAUUCUCUUGCUUUCGUAUCUGCCAGUGUAGUUCCUACUUUCAAUCCUGGAUUGAGAGUGUGGGAAUACAAUAUUACUGACUUGGGAGAAAAACUCACAAAGAAAACCCAAUUCGAACCCUGGGACAGUUUCUUUACUGGAUUAGAAACGAUGAUGCAAUCGUUCGAGAAGUAUGACAUCGAGGAUGAAGAUGAUACGUUCAAGAUCAACGAAAACGAUGAUUUGGCUACGAUCUUUAAAAAGAAGAGAGACAAGACUUUCCCUCUUCCCAAGCCCGAGAAGUUACCAUUGGGUCCGGGGUAUGUUCCGCAGACUUUUACUCCUGAGAGAUAUGUUCAAUACUUUGCCGACUUGGAGGGCAUCAAUAGUGGAAAGAAGGACUUUUCGUACGAGUUCGAGUAUUCUACUGAUAACGAGAUCUACGAGUUGGGAACAUUGGUUGUGGACGAAUGGAUCAAGUUAGGUAGAAAGUUGGGUAAACCAAUCAAGGAUAAGAAGAAGGAAGAGGAAGACGAUGAAGGUGGAAAGAAGAAGAAGAAGAAGAAAAAGAACAAAAAGAAGAAGGACGGUAAAAGCAAGAAGAGCAAGAACAAGUCUGCGUCUGAUAAUGCUGAGGAUGUAUUGCAGAAGAUAUGGAACACUUAUUUGAAGCAUACGUUUAUUAGUUCGAAUUACGAAAACAAAGGAUUCGGUUAG